AUGGUCCGCAUUACCUCCGUCGCUGCGUUCAUCUUCGCUUUCGCCUUUGGUGUUCAAGCUUCUCAUACCUGCCAAUGCUUGUUCUCUGACCGUUCGCACUGCUGUGCCAGCACCAGUGCUUAUGGUGGCGAGGAGAGAUGCGAAGAUGUCUGCAUGAAUGCUAAGCGAAACAAGGACGGCGCUGCUUGCGCUGCUGGUGGUGCAUGGUCCAGCGUCAGCGCCUGGAACGUCCAGUUCCGCGAGCCAUGCGAGGUUGGUUCCACUAGCACCUCCUAG